CGGCCCGGCCCGGCCCGGCCCGGCCCGGCUCGGCCCGGCCCGGCCCGGCUCGGCUCCGCCCGUCGGGGCCGCGCUGCUGACUCAGCCGCGGGGGGGCCCGGAGGGCGUCCCGGCCCCGCGGGCGUGGCGGCCCGGCUGCCCGCCGCCCUCCGGGGACAUAAAAAGCCGCGGCAGGAGCCCGCCUGCGUCUUUCGGCGCUGCGGGCAGCAUGACCGCCAUCGGGGCGCAGGCGCCGAGGCUGCUGGCACACCGGCGAUCACAGAAAUCCUUCUUUGAGACGCUCAUCAGGAGCCUGAUCAUCUUAUGCGUGGCGAUAGCGGUGGUCUUGUCGUCCAUCUCUGUCUGCGAUGGCCGCUGGCUCUUUGCAAGGGGGCAGCUUUUCGGACUGUGGCACUUCUGCACCAUUAGCAAUGGCAGCGUCCUGAAUUGCGUCACUGACCUCAGCCUGGCCAAGGUGGAGGGGCUGAGUGUGGGGGUGAUUCCCAUAAGAAGCAUGGUGUCCUUUGCUGUUGUAGUCGCCAUAUUUGGCCUGGAGCUGCUGAUGGUGUCCCAAGUCUGCGAGGAUGCCAAUGCAAGGCGGAAGUGGUCGAUGGGCUCGGUUCUCAUUCUUGGCUCAUUUUUGCUGUCGGCUUCUGGGGUUCUGAGCUUCUCUAUCCUUGUGAAGGAUCACCUCACAUUCAUGGGCUUCACGCUGACAUACUGGUGUGAGUUCAUCGCUGCCUUCCUCUUCUUCCUUAAUGGGAUCAGCGGACUUCACAUCAACAGCCUCACACACCCCAGGAACAGGGUAGGCAAAAUCUAGGUGCAAAGGGUGUACCUUCGCCUUUGUGUAAUCAGCUUUGCCAAUUAGACUGGAAAAAAGGGAGUCUAAUGAAGUUUGAAAAGGACACCGUGUCUUAAAUUGUGUGCAAGGAGGGGAAGUAUGAGUCAGUCUUGAUGCCUGUAGAAGACAUAUCCACCCACUGGUCAGCGUGGAGGGCUGCGCAGCAUGAGCAAACAGAGACUGAGACUGGCUGCCGCUGAAAUGCGUUCUUCUGGAGGAGCGGUUUAAAGAAGAGGGUGUCCCAUCAAACGUCCUGAGGGGUGGCAGACUGCGAUCCACACAUGUGGACUCAGUUUUGAGGCUUACACAAAGCCUGUACUGCUGUGGGCUUGGUGUUGCUGGGCUUUCCCUCAUACUCUCGAGCCUGUGAAGAGCAUGACACAACUUUGGUGUAUCUCAUGGCUUUACUCUGUCUCAGGGACAGAUGGUUUGUGCCUGGCCAUGGUCACUGGCAUGGAGUGUUGAAAACCUUCACUGGAUCUCACUCCUCCAUUUGUCUUUCAAAAGAGAAGACACACAGAUCUUGGUCUGGUCACUAGUUUUGUUUCCUGCUGGCACAUUCUCUGUAUCUGUCCUUUCCUCUGAGUUUUUUGGGGACACCACUGACAGAAACACAGGGAGAUGUAGCUGCCUGUAGAACACAUGCCAGUAAGUCACCCAAACUGACUCUCUUGCAGCCCUUGCAAAGUUCACUGUAAUGCUGCAUUGCUCUUCCUGGUUUCUUUUUUGUCCCUUUGGGGCAAGAGGGACAAGCUCUGCAGGGGCUUUAGGUGGGUGUUGUGGCUGGGCGGACCAUGCCGAGACCACUGCACCUUCUGGGAGGUGUUAAGGCUGGUCUUCCUCCUGCCAACGUUUGAGUCAAGAUCUCUACAACUGCUGCAGCUUUGAAGUUCCAUUUGGUGUCUAACGUAAAAUAAGAAAAGACCUCAGAGGAUGGGUUGCCCGACGUGUGUCCUCCCUGCCCAACAUACAGCACUCCAAUGACCACAGACAAAAGUGUCUUCAGAAUAUUUCAGGGUCUCUGGUUUAAUGUUUGUUUUGUAUCCUCUGGUAAGACUGCUUGUGUUUUUGUGUUAGGACAAAUGUUUCUACAUGUUUCAUCUCUGUAGGUUAUCUGAUAGCUGUUGAGGAAGGUUUUCAUUUCCUGUGCAGCAAGUUUGACACAAUUUUUCACCUGAAACAGAAGCAUCAAAGCACAAGGGCCAAGAAGGCCAUGUAGGUGGGCCACGGGUAAACAGCUUUGUCUUUGAAAGCUAGGAAUCAUAAGCCCGCCUGAGCAUACAUCCACACUUGCUGAAUGUGCUCCUGUGGACUCACUUGCCUUCAUGAGGACAGUCUCCAUUCCUUGGAUUUCCGUAACUUUUUAAGACAAUGUUCCUAAGUCUGUUUUGCGAUACAGUUUUAGACCAGGCUUGCUCUGGACAGUGCUAGUUGUGCUUUUGCACAGAAUCUGGCCAUCUUCCUGGUGAGAUAAUGCACAAAGCUGUGCUACCUAGCCAACUCCUGAAGCUCUUGCAAUGUUUGGGGCUCGGUCAGGGUUUCUUGACCCACUCUCAAGGACAAGGACUUGUGCCCUUGACCUGCCUCUGGAAAACUGCACUGUGAUUGUGUGUGUCUCUGUGAAGGUGCUUUUGACUUACUGAAUUGCACCGUUGAAGACAUGCUAGUGGGCUGAACUUGCAGGUGCUUGCGUGAACAGUGCUGUUGGCUUUAACAUAGCCAUGUACCCCAGAGAGGUUCUGCAAGGUCUCGUCCCAAACUGUUGCACUUGGGUGUUUCCAGGUGGUAAGAGUGCCUUAACUAACCAGUAAAUCAGUUGUGGUGCCUUUGGGUGCCCAUGGCAGGCAGGGCAGUUCCCCCACACGAGGUCAAGGGUGUCCAUGGCUUGCCUAGAAACAUGGAUGUAACUUCAGAGUGCCUUCUUGGUGACAAUCCAAAACUGGAAAUCAAUUCUGCAUGUACUCCCCUUCGUGCCAGUGGGAUGCUGUGCCCCCAGCCCUUUCCCUGGGGGAAGGCAGCCGUAGCCAGACGGAGUACCAGGCUGGUGCCAUCCACUCGGGUUAGAGGGAGGCAGUGGACAAUUGGCCAUUGAGUUCACCCAAGACUUGGUGCAAUUGUGAAUGAUUUUUGGGAUGCCCUCUGCUAGCUGAAGAAGAGGCCUUUUGUUAGGGGUAGGGAAUCCUCUAGGGAAAAUACAGUAACAUUUUUUCCGACUGGCUUUGUAUAGUACUGCUUGACUUACUAAUGCUGGGAGAAGAUGCGCUUUGAUGGCUAAAUACUACAAAACAAGGUUGAUUGUCUCUGAGACAAACAUAUAUACAGCAGCCUGUGCAGCAAUGGGUAACUGUUCAUUUUCUGGUCUGUAGAAGUGUCAAGCAAUAUUCCUGAAGUUUCUUAAAUAAAUUUCUUUGAAA